ACGAAGCUUGAGUCUAUCUUGAUUAUACGGGCAAGCGAAGAAAGAUCUGCUACAAGUUUAAAGGAUCCAAAAAUCCCGAAAAUUGGAUAAAAUUUUGCAAAGUUAAAAAACAACUAGGUGGUAUGUUCAUCGCCGGAAUUUCUUUUCGUGGCCUAACAGCGAUCCGGUUCAUUCCUCCCACCCCUAAAAUAACCGCCGAUCUCUGCAUUCAAAACGUGUUGGAGCCAUUGGUGCAAAAAGACUUCCCCCGUGUCUAUCCAGGCGAAGAAAGGAAGGUGGCACUGCAUCAGGACUCCGCUCCCGCACAUACUUCCAAAAAAAUCUGCCAGCGGCUAGCUUCUCGCGGCGUCCGAAACAUUCCGAAGGGCAUGUGGCCGAGCAACUUACCGGACUCAACAUCCAUGGAUUUUGGAACGAACGGGAUUUUUAAAAGAAUUUUGUAUCAGAAGUAUGCAGCGUCGAUUCGUGGUUUGUUAACAGUCGCGCGCCGAUCUUUCUCUAGUAUUUCAAUUACCCUGAUAUGUCAGAUACUUUUUUCCUGGCGUUAUUGUGUGGAGUUGAUGGCAGAGAAGAAGGGCUUUCAGAUAGAGCAAAUAUUAGAAUAAAGUCAAUGCGGCGGAUAUUAUAAUAAAUUUAUGAAUAGAGUGGAAGCAUAUUGCGAAAUCACCCUCUGUACGCAGUAUUUCGGCUUUUUGGUAUUUGUUUUCGGUUAAUUUUGCUGCUGUUUGAGCUUCAUGAAUCGGAAGUGAUGCCAGCAGAUGUACAACACAUGCUGGAU